UGCCGCUGCCGCAGCAAAACGGGGGAAGGAGAAUGGCUACUAGUGGAGAGGUUGGCAAGCUGUCACAGAUACAGAAUGGAACUCCUGCUGCCACAAGCAACAGCGACGUGGACGCCAUGCAUGCCCGUAGCAUUCUUCUACAGCUCAAAGCCAUGUACGAUCAAAGGCAGCUAACUGACAUCGUGGUUGAGGUGGAUCAUGGGAAAACUUUCUGUUGUCACAGGAAUGUCCUUGCAGCAAUCAGCCCAUAUUUCAGGUCUAUGUUCACCAGCGGCCUUACAGAAAGCACCCAGAGAGAGAUCCGAAUUGUCGGGGUGGAGUCAGAAUCCAUGAACCUUGUUCUGGAAUAUGCCUAUACAUCUAGGGUGGUCCUAUCGGAGUCCAAUGUCCAGGCUCUCUUUACUGCAGCCAGCAUCUUCCAGAUCCCUGCCCUGCAGGACCUUUGUGCCCAGUUCAUGAUCAGUCGCUUGGACCCCCAGAACUGUAUUGGGGUCUUCAUGUUUGCUGAUGCCUAUGGGCACCAGGAGCUGAAAGAGAAGUCCCAGGACUACAUUCGCAAGAAGUUUUUGUGUGUGAUGAAGGAGCAGGAAUUUCUCCAUAUGACCAAAGAACAGCUGGUCAGUGUACUGAGCAAUGAUGACCUGAAUGUGGAGAAAGAGGAACAUGUGUACGAGAGCAUUGUCCGUUGGCUGGAGCAUGACCGGCCCCAGAGGGAGUCCCAUUUGUCCGAGGUGUUUGCCAAAUGCAUCCGCCUACCUCUCCUGGAUGAAGCCUUCCUGGAGAACAUCCCACCUUCAUUUGGGCAGGCACUGGCACAGUAUAGGGAAGAAAAGGGGGCCUCCAGUGUCACUGGUGUGUGCCCCCAGCGACUGGGGAUGACUGCCUCGGAGAUGAUAAUCUGCUUUGAUGCCGCCCACAAGCACUCAGGGAAGAAACAAACUGUGCCUUGCUUGGACAUUGCAACUGGAAAGGUGUUCAAGCUAUGUAAGCCUCCCAACGACCUGAGGGAGGUGGGUAUCCUCGUGACAUCAGAGAAUGACAUCUAUAUUGCAGGUGGUUACCGGCCAAGCAACAGCGAAGUGUGCAUUGACCACCGUGCCGAGAGCGACUUCUGGCUCUAUGAGCAUGCUGGGAAUCGCUGGCUACCUCGGGCACCUCUUCUCCGUGCCCGCAUUGGCUGCCGGCUGGUGCACUGCUGUGGGAAGCUCUAUGCCUUGGGUGGACGUGUGUAUGAGGGUGAUGGCCGCAAUGCACUCAAGUCUGUGGAGUGCUAUGACACCAGAGACAAUUACUGGACAGCAGUCAGCCCCAUGCCUGUUGCCAUGGAAUUUCACAGUGCUUUAGACUACAAAGAUCGAAUCUAUGUCCUCCAAGGUGAAUACUUUUUUUGUUAUGACCCCCACAAAGACUACUGGGGCCACCUAGCCCCCAUGGGUGUGCCAAGGAGCCAGGGCCUUGCUGCCCUGUAUAACAACUGCAUCUACUACAUUGCUGGGACCUGCAAGAGCCACCAGCGUACUUUUACUGUGGAGGCCUAUGACAUCGAGCAGAACACUUGGGUGCGGAAAGAAGACCUCCCCUUCGAGCAGGCCACUAGCCCCUACAUUAAGGCACUGCUGCUCUGUGGCAGGCUGCAUGUGUUUGUGAGAGCUACGCAGGUUACUGUGGAGGAGCAUGUCUUCAGGACCAGCCGCAAGAAUUCGCUCUAUAGAUAUGACGAGGAGGUGGACAGGUGGACAAAGGUCUAUGACACCCCAGAGCGCCUCUGGGACCUGGGCCGUCACUUUGAGUGUGUUGUGGCCAAACUGUACCCACAGUGUCUUCAGAAAGUGCUCUGAUUGUGCUGGCAGCAGUCUGGCACUCUGCAGCCCUGGUGCUGUUUGUGUUGGCAAUACAGAGCUUGGCUACAAGAGUCUUAAAGCAUUAAUAGAUCCAUGUCAAAAAGAUGGGUGCUUUUAAAGCUUGCAGUGUUCCAGGUCAUCUUGUCACUACAAAGGUAGUUGUACUGAUGCUUGCCAUUGGUACAAGGAGUCAUAAGUGCAAUUAUUACCUUGUUUGUUACAUGUCAAGCCAUUGUGUCCAAUAGUAUUUUUACAUAAUAAGUAGGUUAGGAUUUUACAGUUUGACAUUUGGAUAAAACUGUUUUCAUACAAAAAAAUCAAGCGAAGUAAUGCUAGAGGAACUGACAUGAUGCGAUGGGUGUGAUGGUCAGUUGUGAUUUGCAGCAUAUUGGUGUGAUAGCUGCUCUAAAUAUAGCAUCAUUGAAACUUCUAAUUAAUGUGUCCUAAAUUUAUUACUAUAUGCCCUCUUCAAUGAUUAGUGGAUGCAUUUUAAAAAAAAAAAUCAAUUAUGUGCAUUUCUGGUUUUCUUAUGAAACAGUUUUCCUUGUUUUUGCAGUGAAA